GCACAAUAACCAUCAUUCUUACUGUUAUGUGGACGCUAUUGCGCGAGAAUCGUCCGACUGACACUGACAUAUCCGGCUAAGUUAGUGUUUUGUUCGAGGCGUCUCGCGGAACUGCCAGCAGUUGUAUGUAGAAAGAAACAGUAAACAUAAAUAUACACAGUUUUUCACACGCUAGGAGCCAAAAUGAAACAGCAAAUAAUAUGAGUAGCACACUGGUGCAAGUGUUCACGACUCUAUAUAAACUUGUAAAUAACGUUUUAGCAAAUAGUUGCAUACUGUCACAUUGCGAAACGUCAAGAGCAUUUUUUGUGAGGGCAGCCUGAAGAAUAUUUAACGACUCUUGGAAAUUAUUACAAUGGGCCAUGUACUGUACCAUCAUGACAAAUUGCAUGCUAACAUAGUGCUCCAGAAUGUGGCCCUAUUUCAACAUUCAAAGGAGUUAUGUGACAUCACACUCACUGUUGAGAAUGAGGAGAUAAGAGCUCAUAAAAUUGUUUUAGCAGCUUCAUCUCUAUAUUUUAGGACUAUGUUUUGUGGAAGUUUAAUGGAAAGCCACCAAGAAAAGAUAGUUCUCCAUGACAUUGAACUACCUACCUUUAAGGAAAUCGUACAUUUUAUGUACACAGGUCAAAUAAAGAUUUCUGAGGAAAAUAUUUAUUCUGUGAUCAGUAUGGCAGAUUUCCUACAGAUUCCAGCUUUAAGCCACCCCUGCUGCCAGUAUCUACAGACAAGUCUCUGUGUAGACAACUGCCUAUCAGUGUACCAGACUGCUAUAGGUAGUGGUUACAAUGAUCUUGCCCAUCAAGCUUUGCGCUGCAUACUUCGUAAUUUCUCAUCAGUGUGUGAACAGCCUGAGUUCUUGGAUGUAACUAUUGAACUGUUGUCAGAUAUUCUUUUUUCAGAUUACAUAAACAUUGAUGAUGAAAGUAGGCUACUUGAGAUAUUUAUUCAUUGGAUAAAAGUUGAUCUAGAGAACCGUGCACGACACAUUCCUUUGAUUCCAAAAAUGAUUUGUUUGGAUGCAGUACCAAUGGAAAAGCUUAUCUCAGUAAAAAUUGAUUCAGUUAUGUUCAAGACUGAGCUUCGUUCUAUAAUGGAUAAAUGUAUUGAUAAAAUUUUGACUGUAAGAUAUGAUGAUCCAGAACAAAAAGACCUUACAACGAAUGAAGAGAGACCCUGCAAAUUUUUUCGAUACCAUGCUGAGCAACAGGUGAUGUUAGUCAUAGGUGGAAAAAUGGAUGAUACAACCACUCAUGCAAGUGUAGAAUGUUUUACUCCUGGAUUUAGUCAAUGGAGUUAUCAUCUUCCUGGUCACAAAAUAUGCAUAAAGAGUAUGCACCAUGCACGAUCUUCAUUUGCUACAGCUGCCAAAGAGUAUGAUGUGUAUGUCAUUGGAGGGAAAAGUGAGUCUGGUCUACUGGACACAUUUGAACAUUAUCAUGUGAAAUGCAACACGUGGAAUUUGUUACAAAAUAUUCCUAAAGCAGUAGAGGGUGCAGCUGCUGUUAUUGCAAAUGGAAAACUUAUUGUAACAGGAGGUCGAUCAACGACUUGUUAUGAAUCUUCUACAUGGGUCUUUGACAAUACUGUGAAUAAAUGGCAGCAACUUGAAUCGAUGAAAAUUCGCCGUGGCUUUCACUCCUGUGUUUGUGUAGGGGGCAUGGUAUAUGCUUUAGGAGGCAUUGGUGGAGAAUCCCCAACUGCAGGAGGAUGUAUAUCAAAAGUUGAGAGACUUGACAUUUCACAAACUGCAUGGUACUUUGUGGCUCCCAUGGUGCAGGCACGUGCUCACUUUGGUUGUGUGGCAAGUGGUCAUUCCAUUUAUGUUGCUGGAGGCACUUCUGAUGAGAUAUACCUCAGAAGCAUUGAAAGGUAUGACACAUCAACAGACACAUGGUGUGUCCUGAAGCCAAUGCAAAUACCCCGAGCGUAUUUUGGAAUAACAGUUUUCCACAAUCGAAUUUAUUGUGUGGGUGGCAGUGAUAGUGUGCAUGAACUCAAUACAGUAGAGAAAUAUAAUCCAAGCACUGACAUGUGGCAUUGUGUUAUUUCCAUGAAUGUCAAACGUGUGUCACCAUCUGCAGUAACAGUAUAUAUUCCAACAUUUCCUGGCGAGCUGCCAUAAGUACUAAUGUAUAUAUGUAUGGAUCAUACUGGCACUACUCUUGAUAAUGAGAUGCUGUGAAAGAAAAUGUUGUGUGCCAUGUUCUUCUUUUUCCUUAAAGAAAAAAAGAGGAGAAGAAGAAGGAAAAGAAAUAAAUCUAAAGAAUUCCCAAGUAUUACUACUCAGAUGACUUCCAUGAAUCAGACUAAAGAGAAAUGAGGAAACCAGGAAUUAUAUGUGAUUAUUAAUCUGUGAGUGUUAGUGCAGCAUUGGAUAAGGAAGAAGUAACAUGGUACAUUGGAAAAAGCUUAUACAGAGCCAGAGGAGAGCAGGGACUUCAAAGUGAAGAGAAAUGUAAACAUGACUAUUAAAGAAGAAUGGAAGUUAAUUGAGACAAAGGAAAGUUACAAUACUACAUUUAUGAACUUUUCCUAGCAGUUAGAUAUUUUCUUUGUCAAUAAUUCACUUAACUGAAACUUGGAAGUGGUUAAAUGCUUGUCUGACAAUAAGAAGGUCUGCUACCCUGUCUUUUUUCUUGUGCCAUCACUAAAGUAAGAAGUAUCUCAAAAUGAAUGAGACAAAACUAUUCGUUCUAAAAUUCUGAGAUGCAGGAUGAUGAUGGGCAGUGAAAGGAAAGUUUCCAUAUAAUUAUCAGACAGAAUGCUUAUAAAGGGGAAAUGGUUUUAUUUAGUACCAGCAUCCCAUGUAUUAGCUAACACAAUGUGUUCUUCUUGUCUGAUAUUCUUAGAAACAGCUAUUUAAAAAUUUAACAGUUUUAGUUGCAUCAGCUCAUUUACACCUUUAUUAGAUGUAUAUGUAAUCUAUUACUCUUCAUUUAUUUAUCAGGACUAAUAAUAUGCCUAUUGAUGUGAACAGCAUAGAUAUUAGCUGUGUGAAAGCUUUAGCUUUGUUAAAACUCUGUAAACAGAUCUGCUGCAAAUAGAAACAAAUGAUGGGAUGUUACUUUAUAAAUCUAGCCACAAAUGGUACUGAAUAAGACAGAGAAGAAAUAUAUAUUUGAUGUGAGACUGGGUACAAUAUAUCCAUCUGCCAAAUGAGGCCAGUGAUAAAUCCUGAACCUUUGUAACCAAAGGUUCCUUACCAAAGAAAACAUGGAAACUAGUGGAAAGUUAAACGUGUAAAAAGGAAAUAAGGUGUAGCAGAGCAACUCACUACUUUAGAUCAGGUAACACUUGUAAAAUUGACUACAAUUUACCUGACAUGUUGUGACUUUGUUUCUAAUACACCAAUUUUGUUGUUUGCCUUCUCAUUGCCUCUUGCAAGCAUGCGUUUCUCUGGACCUGUGCUACAAAGAUGCAGUAACAAGCAUCUGGAACUCAGAAAUGUAGGAAAUCAAAUAAUUAAUAUAGACAUUUUUUCUGUUGCAGUUCAAAGUGUCUUUCCCACCCACUUCUUAAAUAAAAAAGAAAAACUAUUUAAUUUCCAGUGAACAAUUAGCUGCUUCAUUCUACUAUAGUUUGUGUUGCCAAUGAGUGUGAUUCUUCAGUUAUAUUGAGAUAUUAUUUCCAAAAACUUACUGUUACAAGUGACUAGCUUUAAGUUCUAUUUUUAAAAAAACUCAAGAUGACAAAAAAUAUUGCAAAAUUCAAGUAACUGUAUGCCACAUGUAACUUUGUCAGUAAUCAGUUGUUGCUAAUGACUACUUACAUUAACUUCUUCAAACACGUUGCUGUCAUUCUACUGAUUAUCAUUACACAUGUUCCAUGUAAGUUAUUCCAGCAUAAAUUUUGGAAAAUAAAUGAACUACAGUGAUUGGUCACAGAGUA